AUGGCGGAAGAGAAGGAAUCCUUAUCCACGUCUAUUCCUUUGAGCCAAGGCGGCGAAGAUCCCGAGGACCCCGUCAAGUCUCCUCCCAAUUCUCCCAAUUCUAGCACUCGUAAGGCUUGCUGUUAUGUUCUUCAGAGUUGGGUCUCAAAGAAGUUCAUGACUGGAUGCGUUGUUCUCUUCCCGGUUGCAGUUACAUUUUUUGUUACCUGGUGGUUCAUUCAGUUCGUUGAUGGUUUCUUCAGUCCAUUAUAUGCUCAGUUGGGCAUCGACAUAUUUGGCAUUAAAGAUAGAAUUAAAGCAUCCAAGAUUCUUCUGGAUUUGCUGUUACCUGAUUUACUUCCUCGUAUUUAUCCCUAA